UGGUGAUCAAUGGCCAUGAAGGUAGAGAAGGUUCUUGGCAUGGCUACCGGCGAUGGAGAGAACAGCUACGCCGCCAACUCCAGGACGCCAGUUUGUAUCCAAAUAAGCAUCACGCGUAUUACUUAAUUUCUUCCUGUAGGCUACAUGUAACACCUCUUUAUAUUAUGCAGAUGAAGGCCAUAAGGGAAAACAUGCCGUUGCUUCAAAAGGCCGUAGAACAGGUAUACACGUCGCUCAGCCCUGCGAGCGUGAUGGUCAUCGCCGAUCUCGGCUGCUCAUCGGGUCCAAACGCUCUACUCAUCGUCGCCGAGGUUCUCGGCAUGAUCUCUGACUGCAAUCAGAAAACAAAUGAAAAACGUGACAUGGAGCUGCAGUUCUUCCUGAAUGACUUGCCGAGCAACGACUUCAACCUCGUCUUCCAGUCGCUUGAUCAGUUCCACAAUGUCACUAGGAAAGAAGAGGGCAAUGAGGCAGCGGCGGCACCGUACUUCAUCGUCGGGGUGCCGGGGUCAUUUUACACGAGGCUUUUCCCUAAACAGAGCGUCCAUCUUUUCCACUCCUCCUAUAGCCUCCAUUGGCUCUCUAAGGUGCCCGAGGAACUCUCGAGUGGUAACUAUCUAAAUGAAGGGAACAUUCAUAUUGGAAAGACUACUCCACCUUUAGUAGCAAAUGUAUUUAGGGAACAAUUCCAGAUUGACUUUGAGUUAUUCCUUCAACUGCGCUCAAAGGAACUUAUGACUGGUGGGCGAAUGUUGCUCACGUUUCUUGGCCGAAAGAGUGAAGAGAUGUUGAUGCAUGGAGAAAUUGGCAUCAUGUGGGAAUUGCUUUCUGAAUCUCUCCAAUCACUCGUCUUGAAGGGACGUGUGGAGAAGGAGAAACUAGACUCAUUCAACCUGCCACUCUAUGCCCCAUCAAUGGAGGAGGUGAAGGUAGUGAUCAACCGCAUAGGGCUUUUCCACAUUGAGCAUAUGGGACCGGUCGCAUUCAGUUGGGAUCCUCAAGAUGAUGACACAGACGACGACCAUGAGGUGCUUGACCCAGCUAACAGUGGGACAAACGUCUCCAAAUCCAUCAGGUCAGUACUGGAGCCACUCAUCGCGGGUCACUUCGGUGAGGACAUUCUUGAUGAGUUGUUUGUGGUGUAUGCCUCAGUCGUUGCAAAGUAUCUCGAGAAGAAGAACGCCAAAUGCCCCAGUGUUGUGGUCUUCCUGAAAAAAGCAUGAUGCACUAAACCUGAACUAGUCAUCUGGUUUUAAUGCUAUUAUGCAUCGCAACAUAAGUGGGACACACCUCUCUAUGUAUCCAUACAUAUAUGUAUGUAUGUAUGUACGUAUAUAUGUUUUUAUGUUAUGUGUAUGUGUAUGUAUGUACGUGUAUGAGUAAACGAGUAUGCUUGUGCUCCAGCUAUUACAAUAGGCCCCAAAUGUACUUCAACUUUGGUAUAUAGAGGCAAAUAACAACAAAAGGAGGUGAA